AUGCGUUCCGUCCUCGUCCUCACCUCCGCGCUUCUCGUCGCCUUCGCGGCCGCGAACCCCGUCGACAUGACGCCUCGCUCAGAGGUCCUUCCCCGAGACACAAUCCUCGCCAUGCGCCAGGCCGGCUGCAACUGCAACGAGAGCUCCUGUGAAGGUCCACCAUGCUGCGCCAACGGCACUUGCGCUCGCUCCUUGCUCUUGAGUCGAGAUACAAUCCUCGCCAUGCGUCAAGCCGGCUGCGUCCACGGCGAGUGA